AUGUCAAUAUAAACUGGGUCUCUGAUUUGUGAUGCUCAUAGGACAUUACUAUACGGAGGCAUCCUUAUGAAUCCUUUAUGUAUUGUUAACGGAGAAUAUAAAUUAGAUGUUAGUAUUAUUGAUGCAUUUGUUAUCGGGUAUAUUUUUGAAAAAGCCUGGGGAAGAGCCAGUUAUGGGGAAGGAGGAAGCAUAAUGUAAAUUAAAAUGGGAAGCUUGUAGUAGAAAAUAUAGUUCUUUUGUGGUUCAGCAUCAGAAAUUGUCGAGUUAGAAAAUUUGUAUUUAAGUAUUGCGAGAAGAUAAAGUUUAAAUAAAUCACAACUUAACUUAAAGUUUCCGACUCUUAAUAGUAUUGCAAUGAUAUAGUCAUAAGAAUAAUCUAAUAGUAGUAUUAAAUGGUGA